AAAGCUUUUCUGAGCGGUAAGACUGGAGUUUCAGCUCGAAACUGUGGUGAGAAAUGGCGUCUGUGUGAGGUGUUUUUAAGGUCGUUAGGGUUUCCUCUAUAGAUUGUGUGAGAGAAAGUGAGAGUUCUGUAGAGUGGCAUUAUACGGGAAAAUGGCGGUAAAUAGUUCAGCUGUGAGAAUGCUUGAGCUUCCAUGGUUAAAUCUCUGAAAAUGCCUUCAUAUCGUUUAGCUUCAGGUUGGUUCGUGAAGUCGCAUUCAUUUUAAUGCUUUGAAUCUUCUCUCUCUCAAAACCUGAAAAAAGUUGCAGGUUUGAAGGUUUGGGAGCUCUGUUUCUUCCACUGCAUUGAGUUAUAGAUUACUUGAAUGAAGCCAUUGUUUGGUCCAAUGAUGAAGCUCCUUCAACUUUUGACACUAUCCCUCUUUUUCAUCUUCUCCAUGGGCCAGCUUCCCUCACAGGACAUCUUAGCACUCCUUGAAUUCAAGAAAGGCAUUAAGCUUGACCCAACUGGUUUUGUGCUAAGUUCUUGGAAUGAGGAGUCCAUUGACUUCAAUGGCUGCCCAUCUUCUUGGAAUGGCAUCGUCUGUAACGGUGGGAAUGUUGCAGGAGUUGUCCUUGACAACUUGAGUCUCUCGGCAGAUGCUGACGUGAGUGUAUUUGCGAACCUUACAAUGCUUGUGAAGCUCUCCAUGGCAAACAACUCCAUUUCAGGCAGAUUCCCCAGUAAUAUAGCCGACUUCAAAAGCCUUGAGUUUUUAGAUAUCUCUAACAAUUUGUUCUCCUCAACUGUACCCCCAGAUAUUGGCAAAUUACAGAGCUUAAGAAAUCUCUCCUUAGCUGGAAACAACUUCUCUGGAACAAUACCAGAUUCAAUUAGUGGGCUUACUUCUAUUCAGUCUCUGGAUUUAAGCCGCAACUCCUUUUCUGGCCCAUUGUCCUCAUCGUUGGUAAAGCUGAGCAAUUUGGUGUAUCUUAAUAUCUCAAACAAUGGGUUUACGAAGAGUAUCCCAACUGGGUUUGAGCAGAUUGCAAAACUUGAGGUUCUUGAUUUGCAUGGAAAUAAGUUCGAGGGCCAUCUGGAUGAGAAGUUCUUUCUUCUAGCAAGUGCAGUUCAUGUUGAUUUUAGUGGAAAUCUUCUCACCAGUUCUAGUUCACAGAAGCAAAAUUUUCUUCCUCUUAUUUCUGAGAGUAUAAAGUAUUUGGAUCUAAGCAACAAUCAGUUUACUGGGUCACUAGUUGAUGGUGGUGAGCUUCCAAUAUUUGGAAGCUUGAAGGUGUUGGAUCUCAGCAACAAUCAACUGUCUGGGGAGUUACCUGAAUUUAAUUUCGUGUAUGAACUUGAGGUUCUCAGGCUUGCCAAUAACAGAUUUACAGGGUUUGUACCUAAUGGGCUUCUGAAAGGAGAUUCUUUAGUUCUAACUGAACUGGAUUUGAGUAGCAACAAUCUGUCAGGACCGAUUAGUAUGAUUACAUCCACAAACUUGCGCAUACUUAAUCUUGCCUCGAAUGGAAUUGCUGGUGAACUUCCAUUACUAACUGGAAGCUGUACUGUACUAGAUCUAUCAAAUAACCAGUUCACAGGAAAUUUAUCUCAAAUGGUGAAAUGGGGGAACGACAUCGAAUUCCUUGAUCUCAGCCAGAAUCACUUGACGGGGUCUAUCCCCGAUGUAACCUCACAAUUUUUGAGGCUAAAUUACCUUAACCUAUCACGCAAUUCUCUGGGUAAGUCACUGCCAACAGUUCUUUCACAGUACCCCAAGCUCACUAUCCUCGAUCUAAGUUUCAACCAGUUCAAUGGUCCUCUUCUGACUAACUUGCUGACCUUGCCCACGUUGCAAGAACUUCAUCUUGGAAACAAUUUUCUCAGUGGAGAUAUUAAAUUCUCUCCUUCCCUUGAGGAACACAGUCUUCGGGUUCUUGAUCUUUCUCACAAUCACUUGGAAGGUUAUUUUCCUGACCAAUUUGGGUCCCUGACUACCCUUCAACUGCUUGACCUUGCGGGAAAUAAUUUCUCUGGUUCUCUGCCAUCUUCCGUGCAUGGUCUCAGUUCCCUAACUUCGCUAGAUAUAUCACAAAAUGGUUUUACAGGGCCUUUGCCACAAAACCUAUCCAGCACCCUCCUGAGCUUCAAUGCAUCAUACAAUGAUCUCUCUGGAGUUGUCCCAGAGAACCUGCGGAAGUUCCCAGAUUCUUCGUUUCAUCCUGGGAAUCAAAGACUGCAACUUCCAAAUGUACCUCCUGGAUCAAGCAAUUCUGAAUUUGGAAGUCCCACUAGAAAACCAAUGAAAACAGCCAUCAAAGUUGUAGUGAUAGUAACGUGUGUGGUUGCCGUAGUCAUUCUGAUUCUGAUUGCUAUCUUCGUACAUUACAUUCGGAUAUCAAGGAGACCUCCAUCGGAAUCAACUACGAGUAAAAAUAUCUCUGGAAGGGGCCUGUCAAAUCCUGCUGGUUCUAAUGGAAGAAGCAGUGUUGGUGCAUUGGUUGUUUCAGCUGAAGAUCUUAUAGCAUCAAGAAAGGGCUCCUCAUCUGAGAUAAUCAGUCCAGAUGAGAAAAUGGCUGUGGUUACUGGUUUCUCACCAUCAAAGAACAGUCAGUUAUCAUGGUCACCAGAUUCUGGUGAUUCAUUCACUGCAGAAAACUUUGCGAGACUGGAUGUGAAGUCACCAGAUCGAUUGGCUGGUGAUUUGUAUUUCCUUGAUGAUACAAUCACUUUGACACCAGAGGAACUCUCAAGGGCCCCAGCUGAGGUGUUGGGAAGGAGCAGCCAUGGGACUUCGUAUAGGGCAACCCUGGAUAAUGGGAUGUUCUUGACUGUGAAGUGGUUGAGAGAAGGGGUGGCAAAGCAGAGAAAGGAAUUCGCGAAGGAGGCUAAGAAAUUUGCUAACAUCAGGCACCCCAAUGUGGUUGGUCUGCGAGGGUACUAUUGGGGACCCACCCAGCAUGAAAAGCUCAUUCUUUCAGAUUAUAUCUCGCUUGGAAGCUUUGCAAGCUUUCUUUAUGAUCGUCCAGGAAGAAAAGGUCAACUCUCAUGGGCCCAACGCCUUAAAAUAGCUGUAGAUGUUGCACGUGGCCUUAACUAUCUCCAUUUUGACCGUGCAGUCCCACACGGCAACCUCAAAGCAACAAACAUACUUUUAGAUGGGCCUGACCUUAAUGCCCGUGUUGCAGAUUACUGCCUUCACCGCCUCAUGACCCAGGCAGGUACCAUCGAACAGAUCCUUGAUGCAGGGGUAUUAGGAUACCGUGCACCAGAGUUAGCUGCGGCAAAGAAGCCCUCCCCCUCCUUCAAGUCAGACAUCUAUGCAUUUGGGGUAAUAUUGUUGGAACUUUUGACGGGGAGGUGUGCUGGAGAUGUAGUUUCCGGUGAGGAGGGUGGGGUUGAUCUGAUAGAUUGGGUUCGAUUGAGGGUUGCAGAGGGCCGUGGCUCAGAUUGCUUUGAUGCUGCAUUGGCUGCAGAAAUGGGGUUUCCAGCAGUAGAAAAAGGAAUGAAAGAGUUGUUAGAAAUAGCUUUGAGAUGUAUCCGUUCUCUUUCUGAGAGGCCAGGGAUAAAGUCUGUUUAUGAGGAUCUCUCCUCUAUAUAGCCCCAUU